AUGGCUACGCCUCAUGUUUCUGGAGCCAUCGCCUUGUACUUGUCCGCCAACCAAGGCGCCACGUACGACCAAGUGUACACGGCCCUGACCAACAAUGUGGACACGAACACGUUAUCUCCGCCCGACAAGUCCUGCGGAGGCAUUCCCAACACGCAAUACCCCAACAACCUCUUUGGCUACGGCCGCUUGAACGUCUUCAAGGCUGUGACUGCUCCGCCCAGCACCCCCUGCCCGACUCUGCCCCCGCCGCCCCCCAAGUGUGCCCUUUGGAUGCUCGAUACCGAUUACAUUGGCGAGGAUAUCAAGGCACUGCCCUUUCGAAGCUCCGACGACUGCUGCGACGAAUGCGACAACACCCCAAAAUGCAAUGCGUUUACCUAUACCUACGACAACUAUACCUACGACAUCGGAGGCACUUGCUGGCUCAAAGCUGUCGACGAACCGGUUGUCUCUGUGUACAAGGAAGGCUCCAAGUCCGCUCGAGUACUCAACCCGACUAAACCCUCAACCGCUUGUGGCACCUUGGCAGUCAACACGCACUAUAUUGGCGGCGACUUGGCUUCGACCAAGCAGGCGACUGCUGAAUCCUGUUGUGCUGACUGUGAAAACACACCGGGAUGUAAGCUGUUCGUGUGGUCCAACGACGACGGCGGCACGUGCUGGCUCAAGCAUACCAAGGGGGCCAAGGUGACUGCCAUUGGAGCCAAGGCUGGCCUACUUCAAGCCUUACCAGGACCGCUGUCGUGCAGCAACAUCGAGUGGAACAUGGAUUUUCUGGGCAAAAACAUCGCGCAGGUUUCGGCGGGCCAACCGGCCGACUGCUGCGCAGCGUGCCAUAGCAACCAAGUAUGCAAUGCGUACAGUUGGUUGGGUGGGGUGUGCUACUUGAAGCGUCGCCGGGCGGUUACGAAGCUGACGUCGGGGGUGGUGUCGGCCCGCGUGGACAAGUGCAGUGCGUUGGAGUCGGAUGUGUACUAG